CUAACAGCAGCUGGUUUGUAAUUUGAAAAUACGUGUCUGAAUUACUAAACAAUAUCAAGGACCAAAAAUGCCUCGAAACCCAAAGAAGAAGCUUGGUAACAGGAAGUAUAAGGAUUACACAGAUGAAACGCUGAAAAUAGCUGUAGAAGAAGUGAAAAAAGGUUCAUCUUUAAGGAAAGUUGCUGAGAAAUUUGGUAUAUCAAGAUUUGCUCUCACUGCUGCCAUGAAAGGUAAGGUUAACAAAUGUGGUAGGCCUCCAGUUCUUAAUUCUGAAGAAGAAAGAAGAUUGGUUGAAUGUAUAAGCAUGGCCGGUGAGUGGGGAUUCCCUCUAACAGCACUAGACAUUAGACUAAUAGUCAAAGGUUACCUGGACCGUUGUGGCAAAAAUGAAAUCAGGUUCAAAAACAAUAUGCCAGGUGUCGAUUUUAUUGACAGUUUUCUCAAAAGGAACAGUAAAGAUCUUUCCAAACGGUUGGGCCAAAACAUUAAAAGAAGUCAAGCAGCUAUAAGUAAGGAGAUUGUGAACGACUAUUUUAAUGAACUGGGAGAGACAUUAAAAGAUGUUCACAUAUCAAUGAUAGUGAAUUAUGAUGAAACCAAUAUGACCGAUGACCCGGGAAGGAAGCAAGUGAUAGUGAGAAGGGGAACACGGCAUCCAGAGUGUAUAGUGGAUUCAUCAAAGUCCAGCACAUCGGUUAUGUUUUCUGGAAAUGCAAGUGGAACACUACUGCCUCCUUAUGUAACCUACAAAGCAACGCAUCUUUACGAUUCAUGGACAGAGAAUGGUCCAGCAGGCACGGUAUAUAAUAGAUCAAAAAGUGGGUGGUUUACACUUGAAAUCUUUGAAAAUUGGUUCCAGAAAUUAGCUCUGCCAUACUUUAAGCAAUUUGAGACUGAGGCCAAGAAGGUUUUGAUUGGAGACAAUUUGUCGAGCCACAUCUCUGCUCAUAUCAUUGAAGAGUGUAAAAAAAAUAAUAUCAAGUUUGUACUGCUACCGCCUAACAGUACACACUUCACACAGCCCUUAGAUGUGGCAUUUUUCAGGCCUUUGAAAAUAAAAUGGCGCGAGACUUUGACAGAGUGGAAAGAGGCCAAUCGUGGCUCUAUUCCAAAAGACAGGUUCCCAAGACUUCUGAAAAAGUGCCUUGAUGCUUUGGGUGAAGAGAAUAUAAAAAAAAACUUGAAAAGUGGAUUCAAGGCAGCUGGCAUUGUACCAUUGAACCGAAAUGAAAUUAUGAAAAGGCUUCCUGAUGGUGAUGCCACUGCCAAAACUAAUUGCCCACAAAGAGUUUCACAAGAGCUUAAUUCAAGCAACAACUGGACUGAUUCUAUGAAAGAUUUUUUUGAAGAAAGGAGAAAGAGUGACACAGAACCUCUUAAACAGCGUAAGAAGAGGAAACUGAAUGUGCCAGCAGGAAAGGGGAUUGAAGACACGAUUCUGAUCAAUGAGGAUACUGAUCAUACUUAUACCAAAACAAAGGAAAACCACAUCAAGAAGACUUCGAAACAUACCCAUAAGAAACUUGCAAAUGCCAACUCAUCUGACGACUCUGAUGACCAGUAUUCUUUAAGAGAUUCUAAUUCAGACAUGGAUCCAGAAACAUUUAGUGACCUGGAAUCGGAGAUGGAUCUCCAAGACCAAGAAGAAGAACUGGAAGAAGCAACUUAUGAAGAAGCCCCCAAAAAAGGAGUCUCUAAAGAAGAACUUAAACCUGAUGUUUAUGUCAUUGCUGAGCUCAUCUUCAAUAAGGACACAAAAAAAGAAACCACCAAACAGUUCUAUGGAGUUGUUCUUAGAACUUGUUUUGAGAAGAACGAAGUUACAGUGAAGUUUUUCAGGAGAAGCUCCAAAUCAAAAGAAAAUGACUAUAUAUUUCCAAUUGUUGAUGAUGUAAUGGACAUUCAGUUAACAGAUGUCAUUGCAAUUGUGCAACCAUCCAAAGUGAACAGAGGCCGUUAUACUUUUCCUUAUGAACUAAAGCACUGA